GCCUCUGUUGAUAAAGUGGUCCAAUGUCGUGUUUACUUGCUCAACAGGAAGUUGUACCCACGUGUUUGUCCACGACAAACCUGUUCUACCCUGGGUCCGAUUUAUUUUUCAAUUUAGAUUUGAUUCUCUUGGAUCAUUCUUAAAGCAUUCCAUAGAAUCACCUUUUAAUCCAUAUUAGACACAGCCUAACCAUGGAUUAUCCAGAAUGGGAUAUUCCUGAUUCUAAGACUGUCAACAGCUUAUCUUUUGAAAUGUUCUCAUGUGAAGAAAUUAAAAAACUCAGUGUGAAGCCUAUAACCAACUCACAGACAUUUGAUGCCCUUCUCCAUCCUCAGCCGAAUGGCUUGCAUGAUCUGGCACUUGGUUCCCUUAACAAGUACAUCUGUUUUACCUGUGGUCAACCACCUAACACCUGCACGGGACAUCUUGGACAUAUUCCUUUACCUCUCUUGCUUUACAAUCCUAUGCUCUACCGGACAAUGUUCAAGAUUCUGAACAUGACAUGCUCCAGUUGCAAUAUGCUGGUUUUGACCAAGGAGGCCCUGCAAAUAGUUGAGAGUAAAAUUUCUCUAAUUAAAAGUGGUCAUUUGAUUGCAUACCAUGAGAUUAAUGAAAAGACCAAUGAUCCGAAUAGAAUUGAAGAAAUAAUGAAUUCGUUACCACAGACAGAUGUGGCAAAAGAUGAGGAAACAAGACAUAUUCGCCACCUGAGGCAUGUAUGGAAACAAUGUUUGGCUUUACUAAGGAGUACAAAUCGAAGUAAGUGUCCCCAUUGCUCGGCAACCAGACCAUUACUGCGACAGUUUCGAAACUGCCAAAUCUUUGCAACAAAGAUGGUAUCACAAACAAAGACAAAGAUGCCCAGAAUGAAAGAGGAGCCAAAUAGUAGGACGGCACAACCAAGUAUGUUGGAUUACACAUUCAAGAAAUCGUACCUAACCCCUGUUGAAGUCCAGGAACGUAUGCGUAAAAUCUGGGAACAAAACGGCUACAUUCUGAAGAUGGUUUAUGACUUUUUAGACAUCGAUGUUGAAUAUCCAACUGACAUCUUUUUUCUUGAAGUCGUACCUGUGAUUCCAUCUUGUUUUAGACCAUGUGUUGUUUUAAAAGGUAACAAGUAUGAAAGCGUGCAGACUUCUUCCUACAAACGAAUCGUGCAGGAAUGUGAGAAGAUCCAACAAAUUCUCCAUGAGCUCAGACAGAUGGAAGGUGGCCAAACAGAAGGAGAAAGUGGCCAAACAGGAGGGGAAAGUGGCCAAACAGAAGGAGGAAGUGGCCAAACAGAAGUGGAUCUAACUACAGUCAAUGACCCAAAGCAUAAGAACCUAAAGAAAAGGCUCAACGAGAGUUGGUUGACUCUACAGAAGAAUGUUAAUUGGUUGUACGAUGAUUCCUCUGAUCCGAGUUCAUUCCGCAUCAGAGGUGUUAGACAGAUUCUCGAGAAGAAAGAGGGUCUCUUCCGGAAGCACAUGAUGGGGAAGCGUGUUAACUAUGUUGCCCGAUCAGUAAUUACCCCUGACCCCAAUAUUGAAGUCGCUGAGAUCGGAGUUCCUGAAAUCUUUGCUAAAACAUUGACCUAUCCGCAACCUGUGACCCCUUGGAAUGUGGAUAAACUGAGGAAAAUGGUGAUUAAUGGGCCCAAUGAGUAUCCAGGAGCGGCAUAUGUUGUCGACCAGCAUGGUGUGAAGCAGCGUCUUCUUGCUGAAAAUCUCACCCAGCGCCAAUCAGUAGCCAACCAACUCCUCACUCCAUCGUCUGUCAACAAGUCUUUGGUCACAUGUAAGAAGGUUUAUCGCCAUCUUGUGGAUGGGGACUACCUUCUCCUCAAUCGACAGCCAUCUCUUCACAAGCCCAGUAUACAAGCCCAUCGAGCUCGUGUUUUGCCCAACAUCAAGACUUUCCGGUUGCAUUAUGCCAACUGCAAGGCUUACAACGCAGAUUUUGAUGGUGAUGAAAUGACAGCUCACGUACCUCAAACUGAACUAGGUCGGGCUGAAGCUAAGGAAAUUUCUAGUGCGCAAAACCAGUACGUGGUUCCUAAAGAUGGAAGUCCUCUGGCAGGUCUCAUCCAAGAUCAUGUUGUUGCUGGAGUGCGCCUUACCAUUCGUGGUCGUUUCUUUAGAAGAGAAGAGUUCAAUCAAUUGCUGUUCGCAGCACUCGUUAACAAACCUGAUGCCAUUAGACUGUUACCACCUGCUAUUAUUCGACCUGAAAAACUCUGGUCUGGAAAACAGCUUAUAUCUACUUUACUAAUCAAUAUAAUCCCAAAGAACAAGCCUUUAAUUACAAUGGAAAGCACAUCAAAGAUUCCAGAAAGGCUUUGGAAUUCAAAAGACCAUUUUGUUGCAUCAAUAAGUAGAGCUCUUUCACAAGAAAUGGGGGAGAGCAGUGUUAUAAUCCGAGACAGUGAAUUGCUGUGUGGUGUCCUGGAUAAAAGCCAGUACGGAUCAACGGCAUAUGGAUUAGUACACUGUUGUUAUGAGGCUGAUCAGAAACGCAAGAAUUUUAUUGAUUAUAUCAAAAGCUAUGAUAUCGACAGAUCAAGAGAAGAACUGCAAGUGGUGGUUGGUGAAAGUACCAAGUCUGUUUCUGAAAUUGUCUUUGGAAACAAUCCAAUGCUUAUUGCAGAAUUGGACAAGAAAGUGAAGAAAAUCACCAACGAUGUACAGAACAACUUGUUACGAACCAUUAUGCCAUCUGGUCUGCUUGUCAAGUUCCCUGACAAUAAUCUUCAGUUGAUGGUCAAUGCCGGUGCCAAAGGAUCUUCGGUGAACGCUAUGCAAAUGUCCUGUCUUCUGGGCCAAAUUGAAUUGGAAGGACGAAGACCACCAAUGAUGCCAAGUGGCCGUUUCUUGCCAUCAUUUCUACAGUAUGACAUUUCUCCCAAGGCUGGUGGCUUCAUUACUGGCCGUUUCACGACAGGAAUUUCACCUCAGGAAUACUUUGUCCAUUGUAUGGCCGGCAGAGAGGGUCUCAUUGAUACCGCUGUAAAAACCAGUCAUUCGGGAUACCUUCAACGUUGCUUAGUUAAGCAUUUAGAGAGCCUCAUCGUUAAUUAUGACCUCACAGUCAGAGACAGUGACGGCAGUGUUAUUCAGUUUUAUUAUGGUGAAGACAGCCUGGAUGUAACCAAGACUCAGUUUAUUAACGAGAAUCACUUCCCGAUGCUGAUCAAGAAUCGUGCUUCCAUCUUAAACCUACAGAUGCCUCUUAAAGGAGCUGACAGCAACUUCAGCUGCCGUCAGAUACAAAACGAAAUUUAUAAAGUCAGGCAACAGACUGACUCCCUCCCAAAGUAUUCGGCUGACAGAAGUGCAUUCUUGAGAUUCUGCAAGAAAAAACAGGAAGACCUUGAAGUGCCAGAUAACAUUUCUCGUAUGGCAGGACGUUCUUUGAAAAGCACCUACCUGUGCAGUCUGUGGUACAACAUGAGUGAGAAACGACGCCAAAAGUUUCAGAAGAAGGUUGUGUCCUGUCCAGAUCCUGUUUUGUCUAAGACUUGGCCUUAUACUCAGCAAGGUGCCAUCUCUGAAGAAAUAUACAAAAUGGCAAAGGAUUUCCGUUCCAAAUCUGAAAAUUCACAUAGGAUAUGCCCACCAGGACAAGCUGAGACUAAAGAGACUCUUACGGAAGAAAACUUUGAGAAACUGAUAAAUUACAAAUUUAUACAAUGUAUGGUGGACCCUGGAGAAGCUGUUGGCUUGAUUUCAUCUCAGUCAAUUGGUGAGCCAUCAACUCAGAUGACACUGAACACAUUCCACUUUGCUGGUCUUGGAGAGAUGAACGUCACUCUGGGUAUCCCUCGUCUCCGUGAGAUUCUCUUUGGUGCCAAGCAUAUGAAGACUCCUACAAUGGACAUUCCUGUCUUAGACACAGACUUCGCCAGGGCUGAAGCCAAAAAGCUGCAGAUGAAGUUAAAUCCUGUUGCGCUCAGCCAGGUGUUAGAAAAGGUAGAUGUUACAGAUCGGAUUGAGAUGUCAUCUGGCUUUAGCGAUCGGUUGUACAUAGUCCGUUUCCAGUUCCUGCCCCCAAGCAAAUACCAAGACCAGUUGGCAACAAAUCCAGACGAUAUCCUUCGCCACAUGGAAUUGAAAUACAUCACUGGUUUGCUGAAAUCCAUCAAGUCAACAAUCAAGUUGACACAGGCUUCGUUACGGAUUCUUCCCAAGGAUAUUGUUCAUACCAUAAAAGCUACGCUAGAGGAUUCGGCUGAACCAUCCGCUAAGAAGGAGCAAGAUGGAGAAAGUGCUGGGGAGGAGGAAGAGGAGUCUGCUCCCAAUGCCGAGAGGGGAGACGAGUCUGAAGACUCCGCAUCCGGUGGAGAAGACGAGAUAGAUGCAGUUGAUGGCAACCAGAAGAAGCAGACAAGUGAUGAACAUGACUACAAUGAUGAUGAUGAUGAUGAUGAUGAUGACGAUGAUGACGACGACGACGACGAUAAAGACAAUGAUGAGGACAGUGACAGUGAAACGGAAAUAAAGGAGGACAGUAAUACGACCGAAAUUAUGGAAGAUGAGGACGAAGAUGUCAAGAAAGAAGAGUUUUUGGAAGAAUAUUUUUACCUUGAAGAUGACAUGAAGAAAACGAAAAGAAUGCCAGCAAAAGGGAAAUACCUAGACUCCUUCAAUGAAGCUAUAUUGUCAUAUAGUUACGAUGAAGAAAAGAGCCUUUGGUGUGAAGUAGUAUUCAAGUUUAAUUUAAGAUUAACCAAGGUUGAUCUGAUGACCAUCAUCAAAAACAAUGCUGAGACAUCCAUUAUACACAGAGUGCCUGGAAUCAAACGUUCCAUCUUAACAAGGGUCAAGAAUGAACUCCAUCUGCAGACAGAAGGAAUUCACCUCAGCUACAUUCAACAGUUUCCUAAUAUUCUUGACAUUAAUCGUAUCUACUGUAACAGUCCAACAAUCAUGACACAGGUCUAUGGGAUAGAAGCUGGGUUAAAGGUUAUCAUCAAGGAAAUUCAAUCUGUCUUUGGAGUUUAUGGCAUCAAAGUGAAUUACCGACAUUUGUCUCUUGUCGCAGACUACAUGGCAUUUGAAGGCCAAUUGGCUUUUUUCACUCAAAAAGGCAUGCAAGCAUGUCCGUCCCCGUUACAAUCAAUCACUUUUGAGUCAGCUUACCGAGGAAUAACAAAUGCUGCAUCUCAGCAUUUGAAAGACUAUUUAAAUUCUCCUACCUCUCAGUUAGUUACAGGUAAACUGCCGUCAUUAGGCACUGGAUACUUUGACAUACUUUUACCUCUGAUACCUGUUAAAUAAAUCAUUGUUGGUUUAAAAAAAAUUUUUUUUAAA